GUGAAACACUUGGGGACAAACGUGACACGGGGUUGGGAUUUCCUGUGUAUGGCAUCUUGGAAUGUAAAUGUGCGCUGGCCGAGGGGCAGAGCGGGCUGACAGGCGGGUGCGGCUGGCACCUCAGACCAUGGGGAGGUCUCGGGCCGCCGCUCUGAUUUCUUGUUACUUUAUUUUGGUGCAUCACAGAGAAGAUCUGGGGUCGGGGGCAUGUCUUUGUGGAGGCUGAGCACGCUCCCAGGGAGAUGCCGGGUCCAGCAGCGGGAUCGGUCAGACAUCCCGCUUUGAUUCCACCACCCCCACCCACCCAUUCGGUUCAGUUGGGUUGAAGGGCUGACAACUUAACCCAAGCGAUGUCAGUCAUCUGGACCCCUACUUUUCGGCAAAUUAGACCGAAGACCGUCAGGAAAUCCGCUGUGCUGUGUUUCCUUUUGUGGAUCGCCUGCUGGAUUCUUGUAAACACGUCAAUCUUCAUUCACAGGAAUGUUUUUGCCGAAUAUUGCACUGAUCAGAAAAGUAAAGGAAUCCUCAGCAGACUGUGUCAUGACUACAGGCAAGGAGUCCUGACAGGAGAUCUGUGUGAGGAUUUGUGUGUCACGCAGACAAUGGUUUAUAAACGCUGUCUUUACUAUGAUAACGGAAAAAAAGUCAUCCAGGCUGAUUGGAAUGGUCAGCCAAUAAUUCUGAAAUCCAAACUGGAAAACUUUUUAAGCUACGAGAAUCUGUACCUGUUGGAUGAGCGAGAAAGCAGGCCCAUUUCAGACAUUGAUAUUCUCGUCUUUACUGCACUGGAAAUCAAACAUUCCUUGGGUCUGGAGGUGAAGAAUGUCACAGUACCACAGCUAUGGACCAAUCACUUAAAAGACAGAAGAGGUUCAUUCUCAAGGGCAGAGCUAGCCAGUAUGUGGUCCCUCUUUCAGCAGGAGGAAUAUGUGUUUUUCCAGUUGCUACAAGAUCUGAGUAAGCAUGUUCUCAGAGUGGUGGGCUCAUGUGGGCAUUUCUAUGCUGUUGAGUACCUUACAGCUGGUCAUGCUUGGCAUCACAACCUUUUCUCCCUCAAAGAGCUGGUCACCCCUUCCUGGCGAGGCAGCAGCAGGAAAGCAUUGUGGCAAAUGACGAAUGGAAUUGCACUGAGCUUCCUUGAACUGGCGAGGCAUUUUGAGAAUGACUUUACUCACCAACUUCAUCUUUGUGACAUCAAGCCAGAAAACUUUGCCAUCAGGGAUGAUUUAACGGUUGUUGCAAUUGAUGUGGACAUGGCCUUUUUUGAACCUAAAAUGCGUGACAUCCUUGAACAAAAUUGUACAGGUGAUGAAGACUGCAACUUCUUUGACUGUUUCUCUAGGUGUAAUAUAAAGACUAAAAAAUGCAGAGCAGAGCGCACAAAUAACAACCUGCAGGUUAUUUGUGAUAAGAUUUUCCGUCCUUUGUUUUCGCCACGGCUGAGUGAACUUAGGGUGUAUCAUCCAUUGCAAUCCCAGCUCUCUAAAGCUGUACAGAGGUGUGCUGAGCUAUCCAACGGUGUCAGUUUGGACAAGGAGACAAUGGAGGCUACUUUCUCUGAACUAUACAAUUUGUUUACGGCCUGUCAAAGAGAUCUAUAAAAUUAAAAUAACAAAUUGACUAUUCAAGAGCUGACCAUUGGAAUUUGCUGUUGAAAUGUGAACCCUCUCAAGCAGGUUUAACGAUCAUUGUUACACUUCAGGGAAAACGUUAUUUUUAGAGUAAGGAUGGGCGACAAACUUGACUGAGAGUCAAAAAUGAACUAUUUUGAGUUAUUUCAGGUCCAAUAUUAAUGCAGUUAAAAGGUGCUGCCACCACUACCUGCUCCUGUUCAUUUGUACUGUGUGUUUCACCAGGUGCAAGCCUCUGAAAUUUUCUAUCUAACCCACCCAGGGUGCCAGUUCUGCAUUACUGCUUGGAAGGCAUGGAACACUUGACGAUAUUUCCUCAGGAGGACUAUGCUCCUCUUCAAAAGGUUCUGGGGGAGAUUCUUGUUGCUGGGGAGAACCUAAAGGAAAGAGGAAAGGGACAAGUGUUAGGAUGGCAAUGGCAGGCUGAACUUGAAGGGUUUGACCAUACUGUUUGAGGUUUGAACUUGAUUGAAGGUACAAUUGUUUGUGGCACAUAAUGGGGUCCAAAUGAUAAACAGUCACUGAACUGAGAAAAAUUACCAACUUUACUAUCUCCAAUGGUGUCCCACUGUUCCACCUGGUGAAGACCAUGAAGUUGAGUGCUUCAUCCCAGAAUAAGGACAUGUUGAACAAUUAAUAACAGUGUGAUAAAAGCAGAAUACUGCGAAUGCUAGAAAUCUGAAACGAAAACAAAAAUUGCUAAAAAAAACUCAGCAGGUCUGACAGCAUCUGUGGAGAG